UUCCCACCAUUGGCUGCUGCUGCAGCACCGACAGCUUUACGGCCACUGAGGAUGUGCGUGAGCGGCGGUAGUGCUGGUCCUCGACAUGAUCUCCACUGAGGAGACUUCAGCCCCGUGUUGUCUCCUGUAGACACCGUCUGAACCCGAUCCAACCGGAGGGAGAUGCGCCCGGAGAUCCGCGGAUACAUCGUCCGGACACUGCGGGGAGAAGAGAAAGAAGGGGCGGCGGAGGAGAGGAGCAUGUAACCGGGAGAGACGCACCGGCAGCGGCAGCGGCGGUGGAGGAUCAGGAGCAGGAUCAGGCACCACCUGACUCUUCUCCUUCUGUUUCUUCUCUCUCCUUAUUUGAGCUCCUGACUGAACUCGUGCGUCCGGAGGUUUAUAUCUGCGGCCAACAUGAGCGAGGAGGUGUCAGAGGUCCCCAAAGAGCUGCUGGAGAGCGUGAGGGAUGCGUUGGGGAGAAAGGUGAAGCUGUCGCUAAGGAGGAGAGUCAAACUGGAGAUCAAAGCAGACAAGACGGAGAACAGAGUGUUGGCUCUCGCUUCUCACCGAGCCUACCUCCUGACAGCACGCAUCCCCGCCAAGGUAAAACAUGUAUUUAAUGGCCGCUGGUGUGAAUCACUGAUCAGUGUUGUGUCCUUCCAGCUGCUGAUAGAGUACGAGCGUGGCUCCUUCUCCCUGAAGCUGCUCUCGACAGAGGAGGUCAAUGAGGUGGUGGCUCACAUAGGAAACUGCCUCGUGAGGAUAUGUCCUGGUUUACCACCCAGUAAAGUGAUGAAGAAGCUUUGUAUGGAGCCUCCUGACCGGCUGACCUCUCUGCAGACUCUGUGGGAGAACAACAAGCCUGCGGAACCUGGACCCUGUGGUGGGUUUUCUCAGAUGUACAGGUGUGUGUGUGACUGGUUGGGGCUGCUGUACAGAGAAGAGGUGCAGUGGGAUGUGGACACCAUCUAUUUAACACAAGACACCAGAGAACUCAACCUGCAGGACUUCAGCCAUCUGGAGAACAGGGAUCUGGUGGCCAUAAUAGCUGUGCUGGAGUUUAACCAGUGGUUCACCAAGCUCUCCACCAAGGACUACAAACUGUCUGCAGAUGUGUGUGAGCAGAUCCUCAGGGUGGUGUCUCGAUCCAGUCGACUGGAAGAGUUGGUUCUGGACAACGCAGGACUCAAAACUGACUUUGCCCAGAAGCUUGCUGCUGCUCUGGCCCACAACCCCAGCUCAGGACUCACCACCAUUAAUCUUGCCAACAACCCACUGGAGGACAGAGGUAUCUCCUUCCUGGGAGCUCAGUUUGCCAAACUUCGUACGGGGCUAAAGCAUUUAAACUUCUCCAAAACCUCACUAUCACCCAAAGGGGUGAACAGCCUUUGCCAGUCACUGAGUGCCAACCCGUCCAUCUCCAGCAGCCUGGUCCAUCUGGACCUCUCAGGGAACAUCCUCCGAGGGGACGACAUGCAGCAUUUCUGCCACUUCCUUGCUCAACCCAACAGCCUGGCGACCCUUGACCUCUCCAACACUGACUGCUCCUUGGACCAGGUUUGUUCUGCUCUGCUGCGAGGUUCAGUCCAACACCUCUCUGUUCUCAACGUGUCAAAGAGUGUCUUCCCUCACCGGAAAGGCAAAGAGGUGCCUCCAUCGUUCAAGCACUUCUUCAGCAGCGCCCUGUCGCUCAGCUCCAUCAACGUGUCAGGAACCAAGCUGCCACCAGAGGCCCUCAAAGCUCUUCUGCUUGGUCUGGCCAGUAACCCCAGUCUGACGGACGUGUCUGUAGACCUGAGCUGCUGCGAGCUUGGUCAUUGUCUGCGCUCAGGAGGUUCUCAAAUCCUUGAGGGUUGUAUAGCUGAGAUCCCAAACAUCUCCAGUCUGGAUAUCUCUGACAACGGCCUGGACUCAGAUCUGUCUACUCUGCUGGUGUGGUUGGCCAAGAACCGCUCCAUCAGACACCUCUCCCUGGGCAAGAACUUUAACAACAUCAAGUCAAAAAACCUCGCCCCGGUCCUGGACAGCCUGGUGCACAUGAUUCAAGAGGAAGAGUCGCCCCUCACCUCUCUGUCUCUAGCAGACUCCAGACUAAAGAGCGAUCUGACCAUCGUUCUCAACGCCCUGGGCAGCAACUCCUCGCUCACUAGACUCGACAUCAGUGGCAACGCCAUGGGGGACAUGGGAGCCAAGAUGCUGGCCAAGGCGCUGCAGAUCAACUCCAAACUCAGGACUGUGAUCUGGGAUAAGAACAACACCAGCCCUCAGGGUCUUCAGGAUGUAGCAGCUGCUCUGGAGAAAAACUUCACCAUUCGAUUCAUGCCCAUCCCCAUCAUCGAUGCCUCUCAGGCUCUGAAGACCAGUCCAGACAAAACAGAGGACGCCUUGUUAAAGAUUGAGAAUUAUAUCUACAGGAACCACGAGACCAGAAAAUACCUACAGGAACAGGCUUAUCGGCUUCAGCAGGGCAUUGUCACCACAACUACACAACAGAUGAUUGACAGGAUUUGUGUGAAGGUGCAGGACCACCUGAACUCUCUGAGGAACUCGGAGACGGACGCUAUCUUGGAGGACGUCAGGUCAGCAGAGAACCUCAUCAAAGACGCCAGAAAUUCUAAAACGCUGCUUCCUCACCUCUACCACCUCGGCUCAGCGUCCAGAGACGAUGCAAACAGCUCCUCAGUGGGACCCAUCCAGGAGAAACUGGAGUCUAUGGCCGGGGAGGUGACAACAGUCAUGGACCAACAACUCCAGACUCUGCUGGAGUCCAUGGUGGACACUGCAGAGUCCCUGUGUCCCCACGUGAUGAAGAGAAGUAAUCUUCGUCCAGAGUUGGUGAAGACCAGCUCAGCCAAGAUGGUUGUGCCCAAGAGCUUUGUCACCAAAACACUCCUGGAGCAGUCGGGGGUGGAUAUUAUCAACAAGCUCAGUGAGGUGAAGCUGAGUCUAGCGUCCUUCCUGUCUGAUCGCAUCGUUGAUGAGAUAUUAGAGGCUCUUUCCACUUCACAACACACUCUGGCAGACCAUUUGGUACGUCGAGGCCGCCCUCUGGUGCAGCAGGAGUCGGUGGAUCUGGACGUCCCAGAGGAGAAGAUCCCUAAGCGGGCAUCGGCUGAAAUAUUAGAGGCAGAGAGGCUGGAGGAUCUGGAGACGUGCAUGAUGACUCCUAAAACCAAGAGGAAAAGCAUCCACAGCAGAAUGCUUCGACCAGUGUCUCGUGCCUUUGAGAUGGAGUUUGACCUGGACAAGGCUCUGGAGGACGUUCCCGUGCAUCUGGAGGACACUUCGACAUCAUCUCAAACUCCGCCUACUCCGUCUCAGGUCUUUCCCAAACUGGAGCAACGUCUGCCGGGAAAAAUGGUGGAGCUGCCAUCUGAGGAGGAGAAGAAGCUGCAGCACUUCACCAAACUACGACCACGCAGGAACAAAAAAAGACAUUCCAGCAAAGUACCUCAAAUAAACAGUGCUCCACCUCAGGAUGGGGAGCAGAACGGCCUCAUGGGACGAGUGGAUGAGGGUGUAGAUGAGUUCUUCUCAAAAAAAGUCACCAAGAUGGAUUCCAAACGUUCCCUGAAGAAUUCCGAGUCUCAAGAUGGGGAGAAAAAGAAGAGUAAAGGAGGUUUCCUCAACCUCAUCAAACGAUCUUCCAAAUCUGACAAAGCAGAUAAAUCAGAGAAAAACCAGACGACUCCUUUAUCCUCUGGUCUGUCCUCAGCACCAGCCUCGGCCAUCCCUGAGGAGCCCUCCUCACCAAAGGUGGCAGUGAAGAGCCCAGCACCUGAGUCAAAGUCAAGAGAUGCCUCCAGUCGCUCGCAGCCCGCAGACUACAGCAGCAGCUCAGACCGAUCAGAAGAGCUGAGGACGCCCGAUUCCAUAGACGAGCCAUGGGAGGGUUCAGAUGGCAGGGGCAGUCCUCAGGGAGGGAGGCGGUACCCGGGAAUGCAGAUUAUGGGCAGCGGCCUCCUGGCAGAGAUGAAGGCUAAGCAGGAGAGGAGAGCACACAAGUCUUCCAGCCCUGAUAGACCUGAGAGCAAUCCAACAGCAACCAAAUCUCAGCCCCCUACCCCAGAGAGCAGCAGGUCUCCCAGUGGUUCUAAUAAACCAGACACUGGUUCUCCAGAAAAGACCAAGCCUGACACAGCCCCUCGUCUCAGAGCUACAUCCUCCUCGAGUCCCCCGGGGGGACCAGUAGGUCCCAAGCCACCGAUGCCGCAGGGGGCGAAGCCUGCCCUGGCUGCACGACCCAGCAUCCCACACAAGCCCAGGACCACCAGUAGCAGCAGGAGCAUAGAUGAGAGUUCAGAUUCUCCCAGCAGCAGCAGUGCGUCUCCUAAAGUAGCAGUUCUCCCCACACUGAAGAGGGCGAUGUCAGAGAAAGACAAGGAGGGUCAGACCAGUUUGCAGUCAGGAGGCUCCAACAAAACCACUCAGGAAGUGAGGACAGCGUCAGACCAGCGAUCUAACACUGUCCGUACUAACUCCGAGGAUCACGGCCCCUUGAAGAACAAGGACCAAACUCCAAACCCAGACAAGGACAAAGCAGGAGGCAGGAAGUCAUCCGAUUCUAGGGAGGAGGCAGAUAAAGACUUUAUUUUAAUAUGAGCAAAAAACUGUUGACAAGCCUCAGAUGUUCUCCUUAAGAAGUGAAACUAAGGGGGGGAUAUGAUAUAUAUGUUUUUAUUUAUGUGAAGAGGUUGUACCUGUACUCUAGGUCCUGUCCGACCACAAAGUACUUAUCAUGUUUGGUUUGCAGGACGACCUGCUAUAGUAUCAGGUAAUAGACAGUUUCCAAUUCAAUUUAAUUUAAUGAUUUACAAAGAAAAUAUUUUGGGGCGUUUCCUUAAUAAUUUUCUGUCAUGUCUCCUAGUAAACCAAACUAAAUCUCUUUAGAGCUUCCGUCUCACAAACACAAAUCAAGUUUUCAGGAUUUGAGGAAAUGGGUCGUGGGAUGAUCCAGUUUAUUCAGCCAGUGAACGACAAAACCUGAAAGGGAGUGUAGGUUUGUAAAGUAAUAA